GUGUCCCGGAAGUAGAAUGCAUGGAGGAUCGGAUGAAGCUGUCGUUCCGGACAGCCCUACCAUUUACCGGCCGGGUUUUCGUGAAAGGUAUGGUAGACAAAGAUCAGUGCGUGGAAUCGUUCAUCGGAAAUACCAAAACUGAGUUGCAGUACGUGAUGAACAAUGGUCAGUGCAAUAUGCGACGAUCCAGAAAACACUUCACAUUAAAUGCUACCCAUGAAAUCAUUGUUUUUCGACUCUUCCGUUGGGACACCUCACUCUUCACGACUCCAUUUGUUUUUAAGCCCACUCGUUUCGACUGUGGCAGUGACAUAUACUAGAA